CUCAGAGCUUUUACUUUGGUGGAGGGGUGGAGUUUAGAAUCUUAUUGGAUUGACGAUUAUGACGUCUCUGUCACACUUCGGGAUAUGUGCAUAACAGCAUCUCGUUCUCUUGUCAAACAGUACUUAACAUUUUGCAUAGCUACGUUCUACGUUAUUUAGUAAAUGUAGGAAAGGGGUGCUACGUACAUAGUGGUCGCAUAAAAAAUAAUAAUAUUGCGCUAAAUCUAAUUCUGAUUACUUAAAAGAAUUCAUGUCGAUAUUGUAUUAUGUUAAACAAAUAUGUAAAGUAAAGUAUUGUCUAAACUGCAUUCCUUGUUAAUGCGAUUAUUGAUAAUUGUUUACUAUUUUUAUACAGUAAUGAUUUAUUAAAUCUUGGAAAUGUAUAAGUGGAUCGCAGUUUGCAUAGCUCCCUUGUGUUUGUCUGCUGUGUGGUAUUUUCCGUUUAUAUGGAGCAUCGUUUAUUUAGUGAUCCUUAGUUUAUUAGUGGUGAUAGCAGCUUUUGUACUGACUCUUUGGGGUCAUGUAUCAUUAUCUUCUCCCCAUCAAACGUCGAUAUUUUUGUUGGAUCGUGUUGAAAAGGAUGUUCGAUUUAUAGAGGAAAGUUUAAAGGAAGAUCAUACAAAUUGGCCUCACACUACCAAAAAGACUCAUUUGCCUGUAAUAUUUGGGCGUACUGUUGACAGCCAGUUACAGCUUUUGAUUGAUUACAUACUCAGAGACUUUGUGGCCCGUUGGCUGAAGGAGUUUUCUCAUAAGCCUGAACCAGUGAUAGACAAGUUUAAGGAGCAUGUCUGGGGAGGUGUGCAGAACUUGUAUGAGAGGCUGCAGCGGGUUGAUGCUGAAAAGUUACUGGCCAGUGAUAUGGUCACAAAGAUUACCCAACAUUUUGAGCGAAUUCGUAUUGCAAGGAGUUGUGCGCUGGAAUUAAACCAACCUCCAGUAUUUGCUCUGGCCCCUCAUCUGAUGACCUGUGAGACAGAGCUGCACUACCUGAGGCAAAUAAGUGAGCUGAUCAUCAUGUUCCUAUUGCCACGGUGUUAUUCAUUGGCACCUGCAUCACACCUGCUUAGGGAAAUCUUGGCUUGCAAAGUUUUACAGCCAGCAAUAGAACUCGUUACGGAGCCCGAUUAUAUAAAUCAGAAGAUUAUUCAGUAUUUAGAAGCUCAGAAAGAGGUUGAUGCUAUGCACGUAAGGACGCACGAAUACGCUAAAACAUUUGAGGACUACAUACGGCUAAUCAACAGCUGUAAUAAUGUCGACACACUGAAGCGGUUACGGUACGAUAUCGUCACCCAAAUAAUGCAAGCAACUACUCUCCAAAAUGUAAAACGAGCCAAAGGCAUAGACAUUGAAGUAAUUGAAAAAAAUAGUUCUCAAAAUAUAAGUCGACAGCAAAUAUCUGAUGCAAAAAAAUUGAAGAGGUACAUCAACCAGUUGACUAUCGCUAAAGCGGAAUGUGAAACUGCCCUGAGGAAACUUGGCUGGGAUGGGGCGUUUCCAACUGUGGAGACGGAUAGCAAGACUAUCCCCUUACAUAAAAUAAUGGAGAGCGUGACGGGGCGGCGAUAUCUGUCCAUGUUCUUAGAGACGAUGUGUUCGCAAGGUCUUGUAGGAUUCUGGACUGCUGUCGAGGAGUUGAGACACAGCCCCCGAAGUAGCUGGCACCAGCUUGGUGCGGAAAUAUUUUAUACCUACAUCAGAUCACCUAGUGCUGAGAUUAAAGUCGAUAAGGAUACUAGAAAACGAAUGGAAGCGUUCCUUCUUGGAGAUAAAGGUCCAGAAGUAUUUUAUGAAGUUCAAGAUACCGUAGUUGAUACUAUACAAGAGAAAUAUUAUCAUUCGUUUCUAUUGAGCGAUCAUUACACAGCGUUAAUCGCUGAACUUGCUACUGAGGAUGCGAACAAAGACAUAAGCUCAGACAGAUCGCCCAUAGAGGAUCGUCAGUUAUCAAACGAGUCUGUCUCGUCGGCGGAGAGCGUGGCUGGGACUAUACACCUCACAGAACAUUCCACGUACGCGAGGCGGAAACUCGAUGAGUUGCAGGAGAGGCAUAAUAAUAAAAUACAAGCUUUAGCAGCACUUCGUGCUUCAUUAAAACCGGAGUCCCCCGCCUUAUCAAUGUUAGCCAACGAAGUUGAGAAGCUGGCGGGAGAGCAGAUGCGGCUGGAGGCCCACCUCGCGCGCACCGACACCUGGGCCGAGCAUCUGGGGAGGUGGCGGGCCAACGUGCAUAGCGCAGAGGUUAUAGACGAAUCUAAACCACCUCAGUUCGUGAUAGUGGUGCAUAUGGCAGAGCAAGAGUCCAUCAACGAUGAGGACAGGCCGGAACAAAUCACCACUGGGUGGGUGCUACUUAGGACAUUGAAUGAGUUCCAGGAACUUCAUAGAAAGUUAAGGCCUAUGUGUGCUGAAUUAAAAAACUUAGAACUACCUACAAAUUCUUUUAAAUUUCUGUUCGGGAAGAACGAUAAAAAUUCUCUAGAAAAGGCCAAAAUUUUAAUACAAAAAUAUUUAGAGUUUGUUUUAGAAGACGAUAGACUUAACCAAAGCGAGGCUUUAUACACAUUCCUUAAUCCAAGUUCAGAAUAUCUGAAGCAGGGUGACCUACCAAAGAAAAACAAAUUUUCCUUUUCUACAUUAUUUAAGAGUACCAGUAGUGAAGCUACAACCAGAUCGUCGCAAGAGAAAGAACCUUUUACCCAUACGUCGGCAGAUGAAGAUGAAAUAUCAUUGUACUUAGACGGUAACGGGGCUGACAGCUCCAACAAGAAUAUGACAACAUCUUUACGAGGUGCAGGUCCUAUGGCGGAGGAACGCGACAGUAUAGCGGAGCCGUUGUACGCGCUGCUGAGCGAAGUGUUCGACAUGCGCGGAGUGUUCCGAUGGCUCAGGAAAACGCUCGUCACCUUCGUGCAGAUCACUUAUGGAAGCACUAUUAAUAGGCAAAUCAAAGAUACCGUAACGUGGUUGUUCUCUGAACAAAUGUUACAUUACUACAUAAGCGUGGUACUUAAGUCGUGGUGGCCGGGCGGGACGCUCUCUGAAAAUACUUCCAAUAGAAACUUCCAAGAUAAAGAGCACACCCGCACGCUGGCCCUGCAGCAGCUGAGCGAGAGCGUGCUGGACGCGCUGUCGUCGCUGGUGGGCGCGCAGGCGGCCGCGCGCGGCGCUCACAAACUCUUCCACACGCUGCAGAACACCACGCACAACAAACAACUGUUCUAUGACCUGUUCGAACUAGUACUUGUAGAAGUGUUCCCAGAACUAAAACGCUACCACUAGACCUGUAGGUAAGGUAAGCCAUGACAAUAGAUAUAUCAAAGUAUAAUAAUCUUACAGGGAUCGUAUGCAAAGGACACUCCGAAACUAUACGAAUAUACUCUAUAAGAGACAUUCCCUUAUGUUUAAUAGGCAUUUACUCUGUACUUCGAAAUGACUGCACAUAUCUUUUCUAAAUGUAUGACUUAAUUUCAAACAUUUUAUCUUUAUGUAACAACAUUACUUGAAUUUCAAUCUCAACCAGAUCCCCGAUUCUACUAUUUACAAUGGCCGAUGAAUGAAUGGCAAUUGCAUUAAAUUUGAAACAAUUCCUAUUCUCUUA